UUGGUUUAAUUUAUAUCCACAGCGACUGUUUCGGAACAAGCAUGUAGUUUCGAGCAGUUUUUGAGAAUUUCGUCUGAAAUUUUACUGAAAUCGAAAGCGCUUGUUUACGUAUUUCCACCGUAAAAUUUUCCAAAGUGCAGUGAAAUGGCCGCAUCAGAGGAGGAUUAUCGAUGCCGAAUAUGUCUGGCCACCGAAGUGAACGAGCUGAUCUCGAUGUUUUGCAUAGCAUCCACGCAGAAUAUGCUGAUCUCGCAUAUGACGCUUGCCUGCACUGGCGUUCCGAUAUCUACACGCGAUGAAAUGCCGCAGCAUAUUUGCGACGAGUGUCUCGGAAACAUGGACGUGGCGUACGCCUGCUGGAGGAAGGCACGCGAGGCAUGGGGAAACUAUAAACGUGCUCCAACAUUGCGGCUUAACGAAGAAGAUUACAGGUGUAGGAUCUGUCUCAAAGAUGAAGUUGAAGAACUGAUAUCAUUAUUUUGUCUCUGCGAUACUCAGCAGCUUAAAAUUUCUGAAAUAAUAGAACGAUUCGCCGGAAUAACCGUGGACGUGAAGGACCGUCGACCGCAAUACGUUUGCAACGAUUGCUUGGCUGAUCUGAAUGUUGGAUUUGACAUUCGAAAACGUUGUCGUAAAUCCACUGAGAAGCUUCGAUUUGAAAAGGCUUUCAAGCCCAUUGUUGUCGAAAAACCACGGCCCGUCCCUGCCGCAAUAAGCUACAAGGAUGAUGAGGAUCCCGACUGGGUAGAUCAAAAUGAAUCAGCUGAUUCAUCUGAUGACGAACCCAUAUCAAGAAAGAAGACUUCGACAAAAAGUCCUUUUAACCAACCAAAGGAAACUAAAAAUUCAACGGCAAAGAAGUCCACACCAGAACCACUGGCAUCCAAACGUGGGAGACCUCCCAAUAGCAGAGAAAUGCUCCCACCGGAAAAUCGUAUAUCUUUCUCGGAUCCCGCCGUAUUGCGCCAGCUGGCCGCCAAAAUUAUUGCUGCCGGUAAGGCCGGUGGCCUGAACAGCAACACCAUUGUAGUCGAUGAAAAUUUUACCCAGUGGAAGGCAAGUGUUUUCCAAAAACAAAUCAACACCGGUAACAUAACGCUAAAAUCGGCUCCUGAAAUAACCAUUCGUCAAGUGUUUUGUGACGAUGGACCGAAAGUCGGAAAAGCUUCUGGCACUAAGAACGAUCCGAAAAAUGAAAGUAAAACUACUAUGUUGGCUUUGCAAAGAAUAAAAACAAUAGAAGAUGACAAGUGGAAACAGUACAUCAGAUGUCAAAUACUCAGUGUAAACUGUUUGGUUUGCUCACAAACCUAUAACAAUAUCAAUGCCGUCACCCUUCGAUGCAGCAGUUGCAAAUUGAGCUUCGGAAAUUACUCUCAACUAAUUCCUUUUAUCGAUAAACGAAAAGGAGAACUAAAAUCAUACUGUUGUAAAAAAUGCGGCUUUCUUGCAGCGCCUCUCGAGAUCAUGCAAUCGCACAUUAAGAGUAAACAUUCAACUGCUAAAAAGCCAACCGUGAUUCGCCCGAUCGCCAUGUAUGAGGUUGCAAUGGACCUUCCGAUGACGGCGAACGCAAAUGAUGAUGCUGAUCCCUUGGAAAUGAAAUGCGAACCGGAAACGGACACGGAGAUUGGUCCGGGAGAUGUUGAUCGCAAACGGCGCCUGUCCGCCAACAACAGUCAGGAUCAGGUGCCAUCUGCUGCGAAGCAAAGUAAAACAAUUUCAUCUGCUGGUAAAAAUCAGAAACAACUUCGGCAUAACGUUAAAAAAAUAAAAGACUCGCCGUAUGAUUCUCGUUUCGCAGUCGAGGAGGAUUGUGAAAAUUAUACGCUUCUAAAGUUGGACGGAAUCGUUUGCUGCGACUGUCGAUCGAUUCAGAGCUCUCAGGAGGACAUGGACCUACACAAGCAGACGCACAACCUUUACCAGGACGAAGACGGCGAUGAUGAUGAGGACGACGAACACAUGUGCAAGUUCUGUUCGAAAAGAUGUGCUAAUCUGCAGGAGGUGUACAAACAUCAUGCUCUAGCUGCUAGGAAAUUGUUCUUCUACUGCAAACUUUGCGACUUUGUUCUGUGGACCGAUGAAGACUAUGAGGAACAUUUUGAUAAUUUUCAUCUUUCCGAGGAAACAGAAACGGUUCGCAUUGAUGACACUAACGAUGAACCUGUUGAUAUUACAAGCAUGAAUAAACGAAUAUUCGAUAUUCUUCUGGAAACAGAUCGUUACAUUUUUCUCAUGUUGAAGGGCCAUAAAUGCUGUGGCUGUGAGGUGGUUUAUCAAAACAAAUCUUCCCUGUUAAAACACUGUAUCGAGCACGAAACGUCAGAGGAACCGAGUCCAUCGAAAACCUUUGGGUGCAGAAUUUGUAAGCAACGCUUCAAAUCGAAGUGCGAUCUGCAGCAGCAUGAGUUGAAACAGGUCACCCGUUUGUACUACUCGUGUAGUGCGUGCCACUAUGCACUGGUUCAAGAUGAAACCGAUAUCAAAACACAUUUUGAAGAAUUCCACAACAAACGUAAAAUUACCGUUACAUCCAGGGCAUUGACACUGCCGCAAUCUUUGCUUGUGACCAAGACAAAUCGCAAUAUAAAACUGUAUUUUCCUUAGCAUCUGUGGCAGUUAUUUUAUGACAAAGUCGUAUGAAAUAAAUAUUUUCAUAAAAAUCGA